AUGUUAGUGCCUGAAACUAAUGAUGAAGAUGAAGAGGAUAAUGAAGAAACCAACAAUUCUUCCAGUGAUACUGAUGGAGAUGAUGAGGUGUCAGAUAAUGAUGAAGAGAAAUCCAGUUCAUUAGCUCUUGAGUUUGAUCUACCAUCAUCAAAUUCUCCAAUCAUUACCAGUGCUCCUCCUCCAAGAUUAAACAAGCAUAUUUGCUUUCCUUCCUCUUCUCCAUUACCAUCUCCUCCUCCUAAGGUUUCAAAGCAUGAACAUACUCUACCACAACUUGACACUGCACUUCUGCAGUCAUCUUCAAUUCAAACUACUAAUGAAGUUCCACUAUCACCUCCUCUACAAACUGCAGCUCCUAUUCCUCGGAUCUCGACUCCUCAAAUUGUUAUUACCUUUCAGGGGGAGUCAUGUUCUACAAACUUUCAAGCAUUAUUGCUUUCUCAGCUUAAAUUACUGGUAAACUUGACAGAAUCCCUAGAGCAACGUCUUAGCAAGGGUUGA